AUGGCCCCCGUCCAGCUAAACCAGGUCGAUGACGACCUCAAAGACGUCAUCCAGCACCUCUUCGAAAUCCAAUCCGCCGUCCACGGCUACCUAGGCCAAGAAACACAACAAGAGCUCGUACGAAAAAUCAAAAACCUAACCCUAUCCCUAAAAACCCUCUCAACCGACACACACCUAACCCCAUCGCAACUCGAACAAGCUCAAACCUCCGAAAACUCCCAAAAGGAAGACCCGGCAAACCCCUCGCUGGCAAGUAUCCAGCUACCUCCGGAGAUCAUUGACUACGUCGACUCCGCGCGCAACCCCGAUAUCUACACGCGUGAGUUUGUCGAGCUGGUUCAGCGCGGGAAUCAGGAUCUCAAGGGGAAGCAGGAGGCUUUCGCCGGGUUCCGGGAUGUGCUGGCAAGGGAAAUGCGCUCUGCGCUGCCCGAAUGUCGGAAAGAGGUUGAUCGGGUGCUUGAGACUACCGGUGGGGAGGCGGGAAACCGGGCUUGA